AGCGGUGAGGCCUGACAAGGGGCGGAGCGGACGGGAGGUCUGAGGGAAGACCGAGCAGGCAGGGCAGCCUGACGAGGGGCGGGGCGGACGCAGAGGCCGGGCGAAGGGCGGGGAGGGUGGCGCGGCUGGGGCGAGUCCAGCGCGCGGCUAAAUGAGCGGACGCAGCCCCCCGCCCGAGGCCAUGCAGGUGGCCAUGACCGGUAGGGCCCGCAAAGAGGCGGUGCAGGCCGCGGCCCGGGAACUCCUCACGUUCGUGAACCGGAGUCCCUCGCCUUUCCAUGCCGUGGCGGAGUGCCGCAGCCGCCUCCUCCAAGCUGGCUUCCAUGAACUCAAGGAGACGGAGAGCUGGGAUAUCAAGCCGGAGAGCAAGUACUUCAUGACUAGGAACUCCUCUACCCUCAUUGCUUUUGCUGUGGGGGGCCAGUAUAUUCCUGGGAAUGGCUUCAGCCUCAUUGGGGCCCACACGGACAGCCCUUGCCUCCGGGUGAAACGUCGGUCUCGGCGCAGCCAGGUGGGCUUCCAGCAGGUUGGUGUGGAGACCUAUGGUGGUGGGAUCUGGAGCACCUGGUUUGACCGGGACCUGACCUUGGCUGGACGAGUCAUUGUCAAGUGCCCUACCUCAGGUCGUCUGGAGCAGCGCCUGGUUCACGUGGAGCGGCCCAUUCUGCGCAUCCCGCAUCUGGCCAUCCAUCUGCAGCGAAAUAUCAAUGAGAACUUUGGGCCCAACACAGAGAUGCACCUGAGUGCCCUGCCCUACUAUGCCCUUCCUUCUCUCAUGUCUCUCCACAGGGUCCCCAUUCUUGCCACAGCAGUCCAGGAGGAGCUGGAGAAGGGGACCCCUGACGCAGGGCUUCUCAGUUCUACAGAUGAGCGGCACCACUCAGUGCUCAUGUCCCUGCUCUGUACCGAUCUGGGGCUGAGCCCCGAGGACAUAGUGGAGAUGGAGCUCUGCCUUGCUGACACCCAGCCUGCGGUCCUGGGUGGUGCCUAUGAUGAGUUCAUCUUUGCUCCUCGGCUAGACAAUCUGCACAGCUGCUUCUGUGCCCUGCAGGCCUUGAUUGAUUCCUGCGCAGCCCCUGCCUCCCUGGCCAUGGAAUCUCACGUGCGCAUGAUCACACUCUAUGACAAUGAAGAGGUAGGGUCUGAGAGUGCCCAGGGAGCACAGUCAUUACUGACAGAGCUGGUACUGCGGCGGAUCUCAGCCUCAUCCCAGCACCUGACGGCCUUCGAGGAAGCUAUCCCCAAGUCCUUCAUGAUCAGCGCAGACAUGGCCCAUGCCGUGCACCCCAACUACCUAGACAAGCAUGAGGAGAACCACAGGCCCUUAUUCCACAAGGGCCCUGUGAUCAAGGUGAACAGCAAACAACGUUAUGCUUCAAAUGCGGUUUCAGAGGCCCUAAUCCGAGAGGUGGCCAACAAUGUUGGGGUGCCUCUGCAGAACCUCAUGGUCCGGAAUGACUCCCCCUGCGGUACCACCAUUGGACCUAUCUUGGCUUCUCGGCUAGGGCUGCGGGUGCUGGAUUUAGGCAGCCCCCAGCUGGCCAUGCACUCUAUCCGGGAGAUGGCCUGUACCACAGGAGUCCUGCAGACCCUCACCCUCUUCAAGGGCUUCUUUGAGCUGCUACCUUCUCUGAGUCAUAACCUCUUAAUGGAUUGAGGCUUCUUGGAAAGACUUGUCUUCCACUGCUAUGCACAUAAGAAGGGAUGUUCUCAGCUGAGCUGAAGCUAGCUUAUUAAAGUGGGUUUUUCACU